GAGUUGAGAGAAUGUGAGACCCUCACUAUCGUCCUGGGCACUGGCAUUAUGGGGACAUCUGACAGUUGCCAGCCCUCCUUUCAAGGCUUCGCCCACGGGGACACAGCGUCCUGAUCUCUGAAUGUUGGCUGAUGUCCCUCGCACCAUCUCAUCCUGGCUGCCUUGAUCCAGAGCUGUUCUUUGCUUUUUCAGGAAACAAACUGGAUGAAAGUCCAGGGCCAAGACUUCCGCCUUGGUGUCUGACAGGGACUGACGUACCCUAGGUCCUUUGAAUCCCGGAAGUCCAGGACACACCCAGCCCUGGACUGCAAGGUCCAAACACUGCAGGGUAGGUAAAAGGACAAAAGUGAAAAGCACUUGGACAUGAGGGAUCCCCUGGCAGAUUGUUCGUACAACAAGGCCUACAAGAGCCUUAAGGAACUUUCUCAAAAUGGAGAGAAUUUCUGCAAGCAAAUCACAUCUGUUCUUCAGCAAAGGGCAAACCUGGAAAUCAGCUAUGCUAAAGGACUUCAGAAACUGGCCACCAAGUUGAACAAAGUGUUGCAGACCACCAGGAAAAACUGUCUCAGCAGCGCCUGGACAUGGGCCUCGGAGGGCAUGAAAUCCACCGCGGAGCUGCAUCAAAAACUUGGCAAAACAAUUGAGUUGGAAGCAAUAAAACCAACUCAUCAAGUCCUGAAUAUGCAGGAGAAAAAGAGAAAAUCACUUGAUAAUGAACUUGAGAAGACAGCAAAUCUUGUUAUUAGCAACUGGAAUCAGCAAAUUAAGGCUAAGAAAAAGUUAAUGGUGAGUACCAAGAAGCAUGAAGCCCUUUUCCAUCUUAUAGAAAGCUCCAAGCAAUCUGUGACUGAGAAGGAGAAGCAGAAGCUCUUCAAUAAACUGAAAAAAUCGACUGAGAAGUUGGAAAAGGAAGAUGAAAAUUACUACCAAAAAAACAUAGCAGGCUAUUCAACCAGACUGAAAUGGGAAAACACACUAGAAAACUGUUACCAGAGCAUCCUGGAGCUGGAGAAGGAAAGAAUUCAACUUUUAUGCGACAACUUAAACCAGUACAGCCAACACAUUUCUCUUUUUGGCCAAACCCUGACCACAUGCCACACACAGAUUCACUGCGCCAUCAGCAAGGUUGACAUUGAAAAAGAUGUCCAGACCCUCAUGGAAGAAACUGCAGUGUUAUCUGCAGAAAACAAAUCUCAGUUCUUGUUAACUGAUUACUUUGAAGAAGAUCCUAACAAUGCGAUGGAUAAAGAGAGACGAAAAUCUUUAAUAAAACCAAAAUUGUUGAGACUGCAAAGAGACAUUGAAAAAGCCGCCAAAGACAAGGAAGGCCUGGAACGAAUGCUUAAUACAUACUCCAGCAACUCGUCUUUCUCAGAUAAAAAGAGCCAGAAAGACACAGCGGCGCUGAUGGACGAGAUGAUGUAUCCACAGAACAACCUGAAACUGGACCUUCUGCAGGCAAACUCCUAUAAACUGUCGUCAGUAUUAGCAGAACUUGAGCAAAGAACUAAACCCAACCAUCCGUGUAGUAACUCCAUCUUCAAGUGGAAAGAUAAGGAGCAUACUCAUACUUACAUAAAAAUAUCUCGGCCUUUUCUGACAAAGAGAUUAGAGAAUGCUUUGAGUAGGACAUCUUCCGGUGGGCAGAAAAAUCCAAGUUCUUCAUCUUCAGCCUCCGGUGCAGCCCAGGUUGGCAACAGCCUUUGCAAGGCCUUAUAUCCUUUUCAAGCCAGGCAAGAUGAUGAGUUGAAUUUGGAGAAAGGAGACAUUGUGACCAUACAUGAAAAGAAAGAAGAAGGAUGGUGGUUUGGAUCUCUCAAAGGAAAAAAAGGCCACUUUCCUGCUGCCUAUGUGGAAGAGCUACCUUCAAAGGCUGGGAACACAACCACAUAAACCAAGAUUCUGAACACACUGCCUUACACACUCUGUAAACUGUACAAUGUGCUGUAAAGAAAGCUAAUAUGUUGUUAUAUAUUCAAGUUUUGCUUUUUCAAUGGGUGGUAGAGUCCUAUCUACAUGUGCUAGCACUGUAUAUCCAUGGUAAUUUGCUUGAAACAGAGUCAGAUAAAAAAAAUGAAUAGGUAGAGAGGCAGGGAAAAAGCUCCAUGGUUCCAGAAGUUUCUGAAUGCUAUACAAUCUGAGAUAUGAUCCAGUAUAAUCCUUCACAUAAAGGAGAGAGGUACUGAAUCCAGUCUAGGUUCAGCUGCUUGUCCAAAAUCACAGUUAACUGUUAGCACAACAGUUGUUUUUAAUGACCUUUUCCUCUGAAUUUGGGUGGCAGCAAGACACAGCAGGCUGGCAAAGGGUCAAGCAAGUCCUGAGAGAUGCCAAAGAACACUGACCAAGUCCAAGAAUAGUGAUAGGUAAGCAAGACACAGGUGAGACACACCCAGAUGAGGAGAUAGAAUAAAAGACCUGGAUCCAAACUCUAGAGUUCAUGGAGAGUGGAGAUGAGAGAUAAAAAAUCCAGAUCCUAGGCAGGGGUCCCCGAGGAAGAAUGGCAUCGAGCCAGUGACCUGAGCCAAUGACCUCCUGGCCAUGACUUCUCAUACAGCCUCGGAACACCACCAGCUGCUUAUAGAGUGAGUUCAGGUAUCAGCCAGAGAUGGCUGGGGAUCUGAUGACAACAGCAAAGUGGACAGAGAGGAACUAAGUGGGAGACAGUGCCUGAAAUUCAUGUCUCCUUGGCCAUUUGAAAAUGGCUUUUAGUAAUUUGGUUAUAAGGCAUUUCACACUUCCCAAAAGGAUAGAAGGAAUACCUUACCUAGCUCCCUAGUAAAAAGAACUUUAAAUGCUGACAAGUGUUUGAACAGAAAGUUCUGGAAAGCAAUAGUUACUAUCAAAUGGAGUAUUUAUCUAGCUUUCUCAAAUGGCCUAUGAGAAAAGCUAGGCAGGCCCCCAACUCUUUCCAGAGAAAUAGUUUAGAAUAGACAUAUUUUAGCAGCAGCUACAAUUGCUUGAGAUACACACUCUGCUGGAUAGAAGAUCAUGGAAACACCUGAGCACGUUUUUAUUUUUUUUGCGCCAAAUAGAAAGUUUAUGCUUUGGAAUUUCAAUGUGAGUGUCUUAGUUACUUUUCUCAUUGCUGAGACAAAAUACCAGGCACUUAAAGUUAAAGGAGAAAGGUUUAUUUAGCUCACAAUUUGUAGAGGUUUCAGUCCAUAAUCAACUGGCUCCAAGGCAGGAUGGCAUAGCAGAGGGGCAUCACAGAGAAACAGUUCAUGGCAGGCAAAAGGUAGCAAAGCAAGCAAAGGAACCACCACACUCUUGCUAAACCUUAUAUCUUAUCCUGGAUACUCAGGGUGGGUGGCACUCACAUCCCUGACCCUAGUGAUCUCAGCAUUGUACCAUGAAUGAAUUCCAGCAUCAUAUACUCUAGAACCAGCCACUUCUGGAAAAGCCCCACUUAUGACCACAUGAGGCUCAGGGAACAUCUAAACACAAGUCAUAACAGUGAGCAUUAAAGGAAUAAUUAAAAUCCUACAUAUUACUCCUCAACCCCCCUUUUAAAAAUUUCAUCAAACUUUAUACUUUCAAGGAGGAAUUUUUCAAAGUAAGGUACAUAAUUUUUAUACUGUCAUUACACUCAUAUAUAACUCAACACAGUAGAUAUUUAUAGAUGUAGAUAUUAGACCUCAAAGAACUCAAGUAAAAUUUAUUUUGUGAGACAUAACUUACAGCCUUCCUUAAUGGAAUAUUAGUGAAGAAAACUUGCUGCAUGUAGAAAGUUGGCUGAAUAAUAGCCCAUUAGAUAACAAGCAGAGAUUUUGAAUUUAUAUUUUCUUUUCAUCUUCUUUCCAUUAAGCCUUGAUGGAUGAAAAAUUGUGUAGAAAUUGAUUGUAGCCUACACUGGACUAUUUUGUAUGAAGUGAUGAUAAUGAUUGGACCCUGAGACUGUUUGAAAGUAAUUUUUAGAGGCUUUUUUUCAUAUAUUGGUCGUGUUUUGAGAAAAUGUAAGUGGCUGUCCUUGUUUCAGAAUGUUACAAAUCCUUUUUGCAUCUUGGAUAUUUUUAACCUCAAAGAAAUACUCUGGACUUUAACUAGAUAAAAUACAAGUACAGUUAAUAUAACAGACUUAUCGAAUACUUUUUUAGCAAGACAAGAGUUUUCUGGUUGGACACACGGAAUAGUACCCCUUAGAUUUAGAACAAAAUUAAAUGCAUAUUGAGUAAAGAUUAAUGAUGUACCCAAGUGUCUUGCAUAGAAUAAAGUACUGAUUAAUGUUAA